CUUCUCCAGGUUCUGAACAUUACAUUAGUAUAUAUUAAUAUAUAUGGCUUUGUUGGUUUUGUUUCUUUCCACUGUUGCUGUCAGUUGGUAGUGAUUUGAUAAUUUAGAUCAAAGGCAAAGUGAUCGAUAAACGUUUGCCUUUCAUUGAAUGAAAUUCAUUCAAGAGUAGAGACUAGAGCAGUAAAAUGAAAUUCAGAAAAACAAUUGAAAGUCAAGUAAGCUGAAUUCCUCACAAACAAAUUUAAAUCCCAGCCUUUACAUCCCUCAAAUGUUACAGUUCAACAACCCUAAGCUAAAUGGCAAUUAAAACGUACAACAAAGUGGAGCCUCAUCAACCUGUGUAGAAUGCAAAUGGUAGUGACAAACCAAGUGCUUCCUUUAUUGGGACCCAUGACAAUGGAGAAGCAUGGUUUUCACAGAAGAUGUGAUGCACCAAUUUCGACAAGGACGAUGACGAGAACAAACAAGAAGCCCUGUGAGCGCUUUGUUAGAAACGGAAUUUCACGCAUUUCGAUUAUUCUUGACGACAUGUCAACAAACGCGCUGAUUGGUCAACAUUUUGUGUGCCUCUGUGAACUUGUCUGCGGGAGAUAUACUCAUAAAGAACGACUAUCAGUGCCAAAUAUUUACUCACUUACCAUUUGGUCUUGAACAUACUCUACUCCACCGUUCGGAACACUUGCACUUUAUUCAAGUCGUAUUCUUGAUCAGUGCAUAAAUCAGAACAUGGCCGAUGCAAAUUUAGUUUCAAAGAUCGAAUCAUAUGGCUUUGGCGAGCUAGGAAAUCUCAUGACAAAUUUGGGAAUAUCUUCUGUUGGGGUAAGGACAACCGAUGAUGCUCGUGCAAGAGUGUAUGAAAAAAUUGCUGAAUCUCAAAAAUUGUCUGAUUGGACACUCGGAGAGGCAUUUUCCGUAUUCUCAGAUGCGAAAAACAUGGAUGUAUUGAAGCGGACAGAAUUACUGAGUCUCUAUAAGAGGGUGGAAGAUGCUUUAAAAACUUGUGACGAGAAAAUGCUGCAGAGUUUGAAUACCAAGUUCUCUGUCAAAAACAUUGUUGAUGAAAUUCGGCGAAAGAUGAAUAAGCUCCAAGUUAAAGAAUAUGUUGUUCUAAUUGCCGGCGAGACUAGCGCUGGAAAAAGUAGCUUCGUCAACCUAAUCCUUGGAGAAGAAAUUCUUCCAUCUUGUACCCUGCCUGCGACAGCAACUAUUUGUGAAUUAAAAUAUGGAGAGGUAAGAAAGCUUGUAGCAUAUUACAAAGAUGAACAGGAACCAGAGAAGCGUACCUUACAAUCCGAGAAGACAACCAAAGAAGAGCUUAUCUUACGAGACCCAGCAGAAGGAAAGAGUUAUACUGAUCAACUGGAAGAAUAUUUGAAUCAAAGGGGUGAUCGCAAAAAAGGAUCACCCUUCAAAAAAUGUGAACUAUUUUGGCCUCACGAUUUGCUCAAGAAUAAGAUAGUCAUUGUUGACAGUCCAGGAAUUGGCGAAUCAAAUGUUUUAGAUGAUGUUGUGAGUGAUUACCUCCUGACCGCGUUUUGUUUUGUUUAUGUCAUUAACAGCAGUAAUGCAGGGGGAGUUCAAAGUGAUCGGAUACUCAAGCUUUUGGAGAAAGUUAAAAACCAAUCCCCUGAAUGCUUUCUUUGUGAACGUGCCGUGUUCAUCUGCAAUAAAUGGGACCUAAUCCCAAGUCAUGAAAAAACCGCUGUAAAAAAAAAUGCUAUCGAUCGUCUCAAAAAAACAUGGCCAAAUUUAAAUCCAAACACUCAAGUGGUUCAAAUGUCAACCACCGAUGCGGUUAAAGCUAAAGGUUUCGGGAUGAAAUCUGAACAGUUUGUUACAGUUAUGGACGCAAUCAAAACAAUGAUGCUCAAAACUAUUGCUGCAAGACUUGAAGCUGAGUGGAGGUGGUUAAAUGAUGUCCUUUCCAGGGUGAUAUUUCAAACAAAAUUGGUAAUAAAUCGAGCCCAAAGAGAUAAUCUGGCAGAAGAUCUUGCGAAAGCUAUUUUUAUUUUAGCGAUGAUUGACGGUGAACGCAUUAAACGGGUUAAACGCCUGGAAGAAGAGUUUGAAAAAAUAAUCGUGAAAACAGUUACCGAAAUCAUAAAAUACCUUUCUUCAAGCACUUUUCAGAAAAAUUUCAAGUCAUGGAAUGAAGCUGAAUGUCCCAAAGCACAAAAAACCUGGGAAGAAACAGAGGAAAAAAUUUCUGAAGCGUUAAAGCAAAGGCUUACAGUAGAAAUUAGAAAGUGGGAAACUCAGAAUCAUGUUAUUGAAAACGCUCGGAAACUAUUGUUCAAUCAGAUAACAAGGGAAAGAGAUAAUCUUCACGCGCUUAUACAAAAUGUGGAAGAUUACGUUGUUCAAGAUUCUGUUGAAGGCAUAUCUCCAGAAGACGACUUAGAGCUGACAACAGGAGAAAAAAUUUUGGUCGGAGUACUAUCUCCAAUUUUGGUACCUAUUGCACUGGUUGCCGGAAUUCUCAGCCUACCUGUCUUAGGUGUAAUUGCAAUAAAAAACGCCGUUCAAACAUCGGGAAAUUUUAAGGAGUAUAGUAACGAUAAACCGAAAUAUAUGAAAAACAAAGCUAUUGAUUUUCUUUGUCGUUCAAUCGUUCCAGGUAAGUUUCAUGCCUAUGUCUUACGGCAAUUUGAAGAAAUACGCAACAUCCUGGACGAGAUAAAGAAAGAAAUUCCAGCGAUGAUUGCCGCUGACAAAGAAUUCAUUAAUCUACUUAUUGAGGAGAGUGGGUCGAUAUUGCAAGAUGCCAAGAAAUACGCCCCUGUAUAUAAAGAAUGCUCUCAAAUAAAGGAUGAUUUAUCCAUUUUUGCCAUCAAUGGGGUUUUCCUUAGUGAUAUCGACUUUAAAAAACUAAAGUACACUGAGGAAUCCUCACUUGGUCAUGGGUCGUUUGCAGAUGUUUUUAAAGGAAAGAUGACAACACAGGAAGGAGAAUCGUUGGAUGUUGCUGUUAAAGUCUGUAAAGAAGCGCUCACAACACAGAAUGCUUCCAUGCUGUUAGCAGAAGAACAAAUGUUGAGAAAACUUGACCACAAGAAUGUAAUAAAGUUUUAUGGAAGAGCUUUGCAACCUGGUCCGAGUGGGUCGAAAUUUGUCUUCGUGAUGGAAUUAUGCGGAGAAAGUUUAAGGAAAUUUUUCCUUGACCAUCCAGAUUGUAUUCCAGCGAACGCACCAACAGAGAAUGUAGAUAAAAAAAUCAAAUCUGUGUUACAAAGAGCAAAGGAAAUUGCGGCGGGGCUUGAAUAUCUGCAUGGCCUUGGUAUUGUUCAUCGGGACUUAAAGCCUGAAAACAUCCUGUUUGGGAAAGACAAUUGCAUGAAAAUAGCUGAUGUUGGUAUUUCGAAGGAUGUAACAGAAGUUACAGGAACGAUGGCUGGAACACCCGUGUACAUGGCCCCAGAAAUAUUUUCUGGCAAAAUUUGUGAUGCCAGUGCUGAUAUUUACAGUUUUGGGCUGAUCUUGUGGGAGAUGUGGUAUGGUGAGGUAGUUUACAGUGAGCUUCACAAUCUGCCAUUCAAGAGAUUUCGCGAGUUGAUUACAAAUGGCUACAGACCAAAAUGCAACGCCGUAGGGGGUAUUGCAGAAAAGUAUGGGUCACUUAUAGAGGAUUGUUGGUCAACCGUUCCAAAAGAGCGUUUAGCUGCUCACGAGUGUGUAGCUAAAUUGGACAUCAUAGCUCGACAUGCAUCGUAG